AUAGUGAAACAAGCUUACUUGACGAUAUCAUGGUUGACAAUAAUGAAAUUGACCUGAAAAGCUUUUUUGAAGCAGCAUAUCAUAGUAGUGUGGAUGUUGAGACCUUAAACGAAAAUAUUGAAGCUGUUAUAAUUGUGAAAGCUCAAACAUUUGAUGAUUUUGAUCAAGCUGAAAAAUAUAUAUGA